GGGGUUAGGGUUAGGGUAAGAGUUUCGACAAGGCAGCAUAUAUCGACAGAACACCGGAGCAUGUGUUAUGAAUACCUGCAUGCGUCAGCCUCAUUCGGGGGUUAUCUGAUUAUCUAAUAAUCUAGCUUUCUCUUUCACUUCACUUUCUGUUGCUGCCACCGCGGUGUCUUGGUUUGAGUAAAGUAGUAGAAUUUGAGUUUACCAAUGUAAUAUUGCUAUUAGGAUUAUCGCGAGUCAUUUUAUCGGACACAUUGGGCUUCGACAUUGCAAGUAGACAUACGACUUGAACUUCGGGUAGGACACUGCUUUAGCUAGGGGAUGGCACCGUAUUGAUGUAAGAGAACGGGAAGGAGGUCAGCAGUGCUGUGCAAUGGAAAGUGAAUCCAUCAUCUGUGAUUUAUGGUUAUUUCUCAAGUACUGGAUGCCAGUUUCACCCAGAGACUGUUCACAACAUGCUUAUUCUGCUUCAGAUAUAUUUAAUCAUUAUUCUUCUGUGUGUUAAUUAUAAUCCCUGUUACGCAUGCGGCCAGGCUGAAUAUAAAAUUGGUGAUGAGUGCUGUCCUAUGUGUCACCCUGGAACUCGUGUCUACAGACAUUGUACAGCAUGGACCAGCACUUCAUGUGCUCCAUGCAUAGAUUUUACAUUCAAUGACCAGCCCAAUGGUCUCGAACAGUGCAGCCCCUGUACAGUCUGUGUUAAAGGCCUUGGUGUGAAAACAGUGAGGGCAUGUACACCCUCUUCAGACACAGUGUGUGGGGUCCUGGAAGGGCACUAUUGUAUUAAUCCUUAUAAGGGAGGGUGCAGGGCAGCCAAUAAACACACAGCCUGCAGACCUGGACAGUUCAUCAAACAGCCCGGAUCAGAAUAUAGUGAUACAGUGUGUGAGGAAUGCAGUGAUAAUUCAUACUCUAAUGGCUCUUUUAUAUCCUGUAAACCACACACAGACUGUGAAUCCAGAGGACUUGACACAGUUAAAGCAGGAGACCAAGCAGCUGAUUCCGAAUGCAAAGGGAAAAGUGACAUUGGAUUGACAGUUAAAAUAGCUGUGUCAGCAGUAAUAAUAAUAAUAAUAAUAAUAGCAGUCACAGCAGUAAUAUGCAGAAGAAGAAGAAAAAUUCCUGAAUGUGGAUCAAACCCCAGAAGGUGGAAAUAUGCUGCCAAGUCCACCAGAAGUAUAAGAUGACGAUGUGAAAUAAACCCACAGAGGAGCCGCCUGAUACUUCUGAAUGUUUCCCCUCCCCCUUCUUCAAUAACCGCAAAGCGGUUAAAUAAUCCUUGAUUUUUCUCCAGAGGAAUGCAGCAUAUACAUCCCCUCCUGGCUUUUAGGCAGUGCCAGUCAUCCCAUUGGACACUGACUUAGCAUCUUCUGGCGCCCCCCCCGGAAAACUUCACCAGAGGCAUAUUCUUUGUAUUUUGAAAAAGAACAAAUCAACUGCAGAGCUUCUGUCUUGGUGAUCUUCCUCUAAACUCCUGGUUACCUGGAUUUUGAACCUUAGGUGCUUUAACUGUGAUUCUCUCUUUUUAAUAAACCUGGCUCCUAAUUUCCUUGGAGCCCUGUGAUUGGCUCCUACUACACUUCCCCCAACAUUGGCUACAUAAGUCCUGGCAACAUCAUGAAUUCUGAAGGGGUUAGGAGCUUCUUAUAAACAUGAGACCAGACACCUAGUGGUCUGUUAGAGGUGCUUCAUGGUCUGUAUCUUUGUGACACUGCAAAAUUAACAUUUUGCUAUCUGGACAGUGGCUCAUAUUGAAUGACCACAGAAAUAUUCUUCAUAGCAGAAGCAGUAAUCAAAACCCCCAGCCUGGAGGUGUGAGGACAGAGUGCUGUCCGCUGUGCCAUCAACUGGUCUGGUUUUAAAAUCUUUUGUAAAAUUUUGCCUGAAGUUUUGUAAGAUUUUUUAGAUUUUAUCUAAAAUUGAAACUGGACAUUUUACUGUAGCAAUUUAAUGUAGCACAUACAGAAUGCAUUUUUUUCUAUAAUUGAUAUCUUUUAAGAUAUUUCCAUAUUGGUUUGUUUUGAUUUAAAAAAAAUGAGUUUGUGACAAUCAUUGUAACUCUAUAUUUACAAGCAUAUUUUUGUAUUUUUUUGUGUUUAGAUAAUUGUCUAUAGAUUACUAGUUUGUGUGUAGAUUAUGUGUACACUGUGUGCAGACAAAUGUGUAAUUUAUUUGUAUCUUCUCUUCCAACCAAUAUUUUCAGUCCAGAUGAAUCUCUAAAAUUCAGUAUCAGCUUAUUCAUAAAGUGAACAGCAGUUCAUGUUCA